AUUAUACUAUUUUGUGUGCUCUAAAGAGACACGGUUAUUAUUUUCAAAAUUGCAUGACGGCAAACAAGUUGUCAGUAAAAUAUAUACGCUACUGAGUGCUGUUCCUAUGAACCCGUGUUAUAGUAUUAUGACAAAAGUCCUUCAUUGACGAAAUAAACAAAAAUUCUGCAUCUAUAUUCUGUGCUAUCCUGGUGAUCAGUUGAGUUCAAGAUGAGCUCUGAAAAUACCCUAGAUGAUGAGAACACGUUCAAGAUCUUGAUAGCAACUGACAUUCACCUGGGCUUUAUGGAGAAGGAUGCCAUACGUGGAAACGAUUCCUUUGUGACCUUUGAUGAGAUUUUAAAAUGUGCCAAAGAAAAUGAAGUUGAUUUACUAUUACUGGGUGGCGAUCUGUUUCACGACAACAAACCCUCUCGGCGGACCCUGCACAGUUGCAUGGAGCUGCUGAGGAAGUACUGCAUGGGAGAUCACCCGAUACACUUUGAAAUCCUCAGUGACCAGGCUGUUAACUUUGGCUUUGGCAAGUUUCCAUGGGUGAACUAUCAAGAUGAAAACCUCAACAUCUCCAUCCCAGUCUUCAGUGUUCAUGGCAACCAUGAUGAUCCUACUGGGGCGGAUGCGCUCUGCGCCCUGGAUAUCUUGAGCUGCGCUGGCCUGGUCAAUCACUUUGGUCGAUCCAUGUCCAUCGAGAAGAUUGAUAUCAGCCCUAUCCUGCUGCAGAAAGGAAGCACCAAGAUAGCCCUCUAUGGUAUAGGCUCUAUUCCAGAUGAGCGUCUGUACCGGAUGUUUGUCAAUAAACAAGUGACCAUGCUCCGACCGAAGGAGGAUGAAGACAGCUGGUUCAACAUGUUUGUUAUUCACCAGAACAGAAGCAAACAUGGAGCCACCAAUUACAUCCCAGAGCAGUUUCUGGAUGACUUCCUCGAUCUGGUUGUCUGGGGCCACGAGCAUGAGUGUAAAAUCGCCCCUGAGAGGAAUGAGCAGCAGCUUUUCUACAUCACUCAGCCAGGCAGCUCUGUUGUAACUUCUCUAUCUCCGGGAGAGGCUGUUAAAAAGCACGUUGGGCUGCUACGGGUUAAGGGAAAAAAGAUGAACCUGCAGAAGAUUGCAUUGCAGACUGUGCGUCAGUUCUUUAUUGAGGAUCUGGUACUUGGGGACCACACAGACCUCUUCAAUCCUGACAAUCCCAAGGUUAUUCAGAAAAUUGAGGCUUUUUGCAUCGAAAAGAUUGAAUCAAUGCUGGAUAUUGCUGAGCGAGAGAGACUUGGAAACCCACUGCAGCCAGAGAAGCCAUUAAUCAGACUGCGGGUUGAUUACAGUGGAGGUUUUGAACCAUUUAAUGCUCUACGCUUCAGUCAGAAGUUUGUCGACCGAGUGGCAAACCCCAAGGAUAUUGUUCACUUUUUCAGACACAGAGAGCAAAAGGACAGAAAAGAUAAUGAACCCAUCAACUUUGACGGGCUGGUGACCAGGACAUCCUCUGAAGGAACGACUUUGAGAGUGGAGGAUCUAGUGAAGCAGUAUUUUGAGACGGCUGAAAAAAAUGUCCAGCUGUCUCUGCUGACCGAGCAGGGAAUGGGAAAGGCGGUCCAGGAGUUUGUGGAUAAGGAGGAACGGGACGCCAUCGAGGAGCUGGUGAAGUUUCAGCUGGAGAAAACCCAGCGCUUUCUGAAGGAGCGCCACAUCGACGCCGUGGAGGACAAGAUCGACGAGGAGGUUCGACGUUUCCGAGAGUCAAAGAAGGACACUGUCGAAGAGGAGGAAGAUGUCAGAGAGGCUUUAAACAGGGCGAAAGCCCACCGGUCUCAGGGAGAUGGGUCCACCUCCUUCAUGGAUGACAUUGAUAUCUUGGAGGAGCCCAAUGCUGAGGACUCGGACGACAGCAUCACCCCCCCACCAAGUCGAGGGAGGGGACGGGCCCGAGGAGGUCAGAGGUCAACAACCAGAGGAACGUCAAGACGAGGGCGAGGAGCUUCUGGCUCAACUGAAUCAAAGACCUCUGGGAGAGGACGGUCUCACAAGAACCCAGUCAUCAGCCCGACAAAGAACAUGUCCAUCAUGGACGCCUUCAGAACUAGCAGCCAGAGGUCUACCAGGACACCAGCUCCCAGAAACGUUGCUCCGGAGAUUGUAAUCGAUGAUGACUCUGAUGAUGAUGUAUCGUUUGUAAAACCUGGGAAAGUCGAACAAAGGUCUUUAAGUCUGUCGUCUGUAUCUUCAAGUAGAAGAGGCUCUCAGGGUCAGAGCCAGUCAUCGAGAGGGGUGUGCUUUGAUGAGGACGAUGAUGAGGACGAUUUUGACCCCUUUAAAAGCUCUGGCAAUGCCAACAGACGAGGUCGGCGUUAGCUUCCAAAACAGAACAUGCUGCAGAAAUUUUUUACUGAAAUACAUGAUUUUUUUUUCUGUUUUUUCUUUACUUGUUUGUUUGUUUGUUUAAACAGUUUAUUGCAUGGAUGGGGAAAAAAAAGAUCCCCACUAUUAGCGGUUGAGCCAUUCCAGGCUUUACUCCAAGCUUAACCAGUCGAACUUAAGUCUAUGGCCUAUGUGUAUGACAAGGUAAAAAACCUGGAAUGCUAAGCAAUUGUAAUCUUAUUUCCAUCCCUGCAUUAUCAACAGGUACAGUAUGCCUGAUCUGAUUAUUAUACAUACACAAGCCAUGAAUAGAUAUUAGACUGUGACUGCAUACCAGAUUGAGGCAUUGUGGGCACAACUGAGCGUGUGACCUCAAUGGUUUCUCUUGACUCGGAUCUCAGAUAUAGCUAAGAUGGAUUUAAAUGCAAUGCAGUGUAGUAGUCAUCCUUGCAAACAGUUUUUAGUACUGUUAAAAAUAAGCUUGUUGCCCUUUCUCGUUAAGACUUUUUUUUGAGGCCAAACACACAAUUAUAAUGAGUUAAUUUUCUGGUCAGUAAUGUUAUGUGGUGUUGAACCCGUUUCUGACAGACAAGAGUAUAAUACGCAUUACAGAACCAAAUUUUGUUCAGACUCCUUUCGAUAAGAGUCCAGGUUCAGUAUUGCAAUGGCACGUUAAUGAGGUAUUACAAAUCUGAUUUGCUGUUGUCUGAAGUCCCGCUGCAUGCUUCGCCUCAAGCACUGCUUUUAUUGCCUGGACAAAAUAAAAUCCAUUUUGACAGACAAGCAUGAGAUGGUUCAGUUCUAAAAUAAAAACUAAAUAAUUCCCUGCUGUCUUUGUCACGUAAAGCAGUCAGGAUAGUUUCAGUAAUUGGGCCCCCACUCUAGUUAUGAGCGUCACUGCAGUUACAUAGUAAGUUAUGGUAAUAGUCCUGUGUUGCAUAGUAAUUCGGAGUAAUUAUAUACUUGCAUUCCAACUGCUGUGGUCGGAAUCCCCAUAGUGACAGCACUGCAAGCAGUAAUGUGUUUUUAAUGGGAAUUCACAAAAGGUUUUAUGGUAUUUAUGCUAAAAUGCAUUUCGCAGACUAAAAAAGAUUAAUCUGUUUGUUUUUUUACCACCUUAUCUUAAACAAAAUACUGAAGCCACUUUCUUGACACAUCUCAGAUUUACAGGUAGGUCGACAUUGCAGGCGUUAUUUAAUUGAUUUAUCUGUGUGGCAAAAUUAAAUAAAAAUAUAGAUAUAUAAAUUGUUUGUUUUGUACAUUAUUCUGGUAAAUGCCGAAAUGUUUGGGACUUAUUUUACUAUAAGUUUUACAGUUGUUUGUUAUGUACUGGCAAAAAUAAAUAUUUUCUAAUGUAAGUAUAA